AUGGAUUGUGAACCACCAACAUAUCUUUCCUACUUCUCUAUGAUUGCAUCAAUGUGCCUCUCGUGCAUUACCAUCGCGGGAAACCUUUUCGUCUUGUUGGCAGUUUAUCAAGACCCUUACAAAGAACUGCGCAAACCUUUCACUGUCUUAAUCGCUAACCUGGUACUGGCAGAUUUGACCGCGGGCGCCAUAACAGAACCGAUGGCGGUGUACUUCACAUAUCAGGAAGUGCAAGGAAGUGUAGUAAAUGAUCUGGCCGUGUAUAUUACGCAUUUGAGCUAUUUCAUGUCAUGCACUACUUCAGUAUUAACCCUUAGUGUUCUUGCAAUUGAUAGAUAUCUAGCCAUAUCGUAUUCUUUGUGGUAUAAAUGUCAUGUCACUUUGUCUUGCACCAUAAAAAUCUGCAUGGCUUUAUGGAUCAUGUCUGUGCUAUUAUCACUGACAUAUAUCAAGACAGGUUAUAUCAAUUUUGCGUUUGUUUUUGCCAACACAACAGUGCUUAGUACAGCGAGUGUUCUAGUUUUCGCUUAUUACCGAAUAUUUAAAUCUCUCAGGAUUCGCACGAUUCAAGUGGGAGUCUUACACGAGGGUAGAAGUCAACGGUGCGAAACUCGUGCGAAGGUUUUGUCCCUUCUCUCAGGAUUCGCACGAUUGUUUAAAUUCAACGUUCAUCCAAGCUAUGUUUUGUAUUUUUGUUGUUCUUGUUUGUUCAUCUAUGUUUUGUAUUGUUGUUCUCUGUGUGAUUGUUCUGUCAUUCACUGGUUAAGAGACAUAAGUUUCCUGCUCGUUUUAAGCAACAGCUCCCUCAAUCCAAUCUUGUACAGCUUACAACUGAAAUCUUUUCGUCGGGUUUAUAAAAGUAUGUGCAAAUGUUGGAAGAAAAACCGUGUGAGGGCAGUUAUGGGACAAGGGACCUAA